AUGACGAAAAUUUCCAAUCUUCCACUGGAUUUGGUAACGGAGAUUCUCUCUAGUGUUCCGUUGACUUCUCUGAGAGCAGUGAGAUUUACUUGCAAAAAAUGGAACACGUUAUCCCAAGACCGGAGCUUUAUAAAGAAGCACCUCGCUCAAUUAAAAGCAGCAAUGGAGGAGAAGGAGUUUCUUGCCAUCAUGGUCAUGGACUUUAGGGUUUAUCUAAUGAACAUCAAUCUCCGUGGAGACCACAAGGACGACGGAAACGUUGUCAAGCGACAAGGUAAACUCAUUAGCCUAGACGAUGCAGAUCGAGUAGACAUAUCUAGAAUCUUUCACUGCGACGGUUUAGUCUUGUGCAUCACACAAGACAUCAACAACUCUAGGCUUGUGGUUUGGAACCCUUAUAGUGGGCGAACGAGGUCGAUCCAACCAAGAAAUUCUUACAGGAAAUGUGACAUGUACGGUUUCGGAUACGAAAUGAAGAACAAGUCGGUCCGUAUCCACAAAAUCUUGAGAUUUGUGGAUAAAUUCAACGAUCGUAGUUUUAACUGUCUUUAUUUGGAGUUUGAAAUCUUCAAUUUAGACUCUAAUACGUGGAAGGUUGUUGAUCUCUCUCCCGGCUGGGAGAUAAAGCUUGAUCACUGUGCUGUGUCUCUCAAGGGCAAUACUUACUGGCUUGCUCAAGAAAUUCUUCCAAUAGGAGAAGAAGAAGAAGAACAAGAAUUUGUAGAGGAGAUUGAUGCUUUCUUGAUCUGUUUUGAUUUCACAAGAGAAAGGUUUGGACCGCGUCUUUCAUUGCCGUUUCAAACUAAUGUUGAUGACUAUUUGACUCUUUCAAGUGUUGGAGAAGAGCAACUCGCUGUGUUGCGAACUCGAACAGUAUUAAUGGAGUUUUGGGUUACGACUAAGAUUGAGCCUGAAGUGGUGUCGUGGAAGAAGUUGUUCGUAUCGGAGGAUACGAAUCCACUGAAUAGUCUUCGAUAUGACUUUACACAUAGUGGAACCCCUUUCUUUAUUGAGCAAGGGAAUAAAGUAGCUGUGGUGUUUGAUCAAAAUGAAAUAAUCUCCGAACACAACAUAGCUUACAUCAUCGGAGAGUAUGGAUAUGUCGAAGAAGUGGAUCUCGGAGUCGGAGAAUUUUCAAGAAAACAUCAUCAUUAUCCACAUGGGUGCUCUUAUGUUCCAAGCUCAAUGCAAAUCAAGCAAGGAGGCAAAAGGAAAAAGGAGUUACAAUUUUAA